AUGCGAAGCACGAGGUUCGCGUCACUGCAGGAAGAUGAAGAUUGUUGGUUCCAUGACAGAACGACGCCAUCAGACAGCGACUAUCAGAUCAUCAUCUGCAAGCCACCGCCAUCAGGCCACCGUUAUCAGGCCACUGUUAUCAGGUCACCGCCAUCCGGACACCGCCAUCCGGGCACCGCCAUCCGGCACCGCCAUCCGGCACCGCCAUCCGGGCACCGCCAUCCGGGCACCGCCAUCCGGGCACCGCCAUCCGGGCACCGCCAUCCGGGCACCGCCAUCCGGGCACCGCCAUCCGGGCACCGCCAUCCGGGCACCGCCAUCCGGGCACCGCCAUCCGGGCACCGCCAUCCGGGCACCGCCAUCCGGGCACCGCCAUCCGAGCACCGCCAUCUGGCCACUGCUACCAGGCCACUGCUACCAGGCCACCGCCAUCCGGUCACCGCCAUCCGGUCACCGCCAUCCGGGCACCGCCAUCCGGGCACCGCCAUCCGGGCCGCCAUCCGGGCACCGCCAUCCGGGCACCGCCAUCCGGGCACCGCCAUCCGGGCACCGCCAUCCGGGCACCGCCAUCCGGGCACCGCCAUCCGGGCACCGCCAUCCGGGCACCGCCAUCCGGGCACCGCCAUCCGGGCACCGCCAUCCGGGCACCGCCAUCCGGGCACCGCCAUCCGGCCACCGCCAUAG